GGGGAGACACUGUAGCUACGCGAAUAACGAAACUAACUAACGCUAACAUUCUCCUUUCAGUUUAUGCGAUGCAUCCCUCUGUAAAGCCAUCAGAUGCUUUCGAGAAUUGUCGUGCAGCUGCUUCACGUGUGCGGUUGAGGUUCUCCCAGCGAUAAUAUCUUAUUCCUCUGUCGGUUAGCGUUGCUUACUUAAAACUUCGUUGUGUGUGCCUGUUUGCUUGUUAAAGUCUGUGCGCCUGAGUCUUAUCGCAAUUGUGCUUUCCAAGUUUUUCCUACAUCUGCAGUGUCCUUGUUUGUGUCGCUUUGCUCGACAGGAAUCCUGCCCUUGAUCAGCGGGUUUACAAUCGGCCAACAUCGUCUCAAGUUGUUGUUGUGUGGGUUGAGGAUGAUCACGAGGGUCUGGCUUCUAACAGGAAUAUUCGUGUCUACGCCCAUAGUGGAAAAGCACAAAACAUUCAUUAUUACUAUGGAUGUUACGAUCCACUGCAAUACUCUCUCUUGUUUCCUCUUGGUGAGGUGGGGUGGCAUGAAGGGAUUCCAAAGGCUGUUGGAGGAAGGAAUACAAAUGGUUUGCAAUCUGUUCCCUCCAUUUCUGUAAACUGCAACCGUUUUGAAACGGACACGUCUUUAAUUGCGUGUGAGGAGAAUGUGUUGAAUGAGGGUAGGAAGAGGCAUUCUGUUUCAUGCAGACAAUAUUAUGCAUACAAACUCCAGAUGCGCCAUGAAAACACGUCUUUUAUCUUGCAUGUUGGGCGCUUGUUCCAGCAGUACAUAGUGGACUUAUACAUAAAUAUUGAAACGCAACGUUUGGACUAUUACCGCAGCAAACAAUGUGAAUUUCGUUCAGACACAUAUCAGGGUUUGGUUGACAGCAUUGAUGCAAGUGUCCAGAAUACUAGCGAUACUGGUCGACGUGUUGUUCUAUCUGGCUCAUUUAUAGGUGGCCAACGGGAUAUGCGAGGUCGUUAUAUGGAUGUGAUGGCACUUGUCCAAAAUUUUGGUAAACCUGACAUGUUCAUAACCAUCACAUGCAACCCGAAUUGGCCUGAAAUCAAAGAACGAGUGGUUUUCCCUUAUGAAGUUCGAAAUCGCUCGGAAGUUGUGGCCCGUAUUUUCCGUGCACGUCUAGAGGACUUUAAGAAAGACAUAAUAAAAGGAUCUUUAUUUGGAAAGGUUGUUGCCUACACGUAUGUCAUAGAAUUCCAAAAAAAGGAGUCUUCCCCAUGCUCAUUUCCUUCUAAUCUUGUCACAACCCAGUAAAAUUACUACAGUUGGCCGCUGUGAUCAGUUUAUUACUGCCGAAAUACCUGACCCUGCAAUAGACCCUGAACUAUAUCGACUUGUUAAAAAACAUAUGAUUCAUGGACCCUAUGGCAUUAUGAAUCUGAAAUGCCCCUACAUGGUCCUUACUCAUGGGUCAAAAACUCCCACAUGCAGAAGCAAAUAUCCGCGGGAAAUUGCUCCGUUGACGGUGUUUGAUGAAAAUUGUUUUCCUACAUACAGGAGACAGAUUACUCCCCUAACUGUGAAAGUAAGGAAGUAUUCACUCGAUAACAGGUGGGUUGUGCCUUAUAAUGCUCAGUUGUUGCGUAAAUACGAUUGCCACAUCAAUGUAGAGGCUGUGCAAGUGUGAAGUCAGUCAAAUACAUAUAUAAAUAUGUGUAUAAAGGUCAUGAUAGGGUCAAUAUGGCGCUUUCGGGGAUGGGCGAUAGUGAGGUCAUUGAUGAGAUAUCAAAUUUUCAAAAAGCCUGAUGGGUUUCCCCACCUGAAGCAGCGUGGCGUAUUUUCGGCUUCCCCAUUUCAAAGAUGAGGCCUGUUGUUUUACAGUUGCAAGUUCACUUGGAAAAUUCACAAUACCUUACCUUUUACGAGAACCAACGAAUCACUUAUGUCACCGAGGUUACAGAUUCUACUAAAACUAUGCUUACUCAGUUUUUUUAAUGAACGCAGCCAACCAAAUUGCAAGGUCAUUGAACCUCUUGUAUGUUGAAUUCCCUCACUAUUUCGUAUGGACUGGUCCAAAAAAAGAAUGGACUCAGCGGAAAAGAAAGGAAGUCCUUGGGAGGCUUGUUUCUGUCAAUCCUUCAGAAGGGGAGCGCUACUACUUACGACUCUUGCUUGCAAAUGUACGUGCGCCAAAAUCUUUCAUAGAUCUUAAAAGCAUUAAUGGUAACGUUUGUGAGACAUUCAGAUUUGCAGCUGAAAAACGUGGGCUGUUGACAGGUGAUUUUGUCAUACGUGCAUCACUAGAUGAGGCAAUAUUAUUCCAAUUACCCUCCAGUUUGCGUAAACUCUUUGCUACACACCUUUGCUUUUCAAUGGUUCCAAACCCACGUGCACUAUGGAAUGACUACAAAAUCUAUUUGUGUGAGGACUUGCUCAGGUUCCAGGUCUGUGCAGCGACAGAAACAGCUACCCUCUCGUUGUUAGGUGACUUGAUUACUUCAAUGGGGAAGGACAUAAACUCCUUCCAACUGAUUGAUACUGACGUAAAUAUGCCUCUUCAUGAAGACAUGAGCCGGGAAAUAGCUGCUGAGCGGAAUAUAUUGGUAAGCGAAAAAUACCUGAAUGGUAUUUUUUUGUUAAAUACUCAUCAACAGAUUGCGUUUGACACUAUAAUGGAGGAUGUUCAUUCUUCUCAUGGGGCUGUUUUCUUUGUUGAUGGUCCUGACGGGACUAGAAAGAGUUUUUUGUACCGUUGCUUGUUAGCAUCCACCCGAACAAACAAAUGGAUUGCACUUGCAACUGCAAGUUCUGGAAUUGCUGCAUCCAUUUUGAGGGGUGGGCGUACUGCACACUCACGCUUUAAACUCCCGCUAGAUGGAGAGUCAAAAUAUAUUUGCAAUAUUGGAAAGCAAUCAGCUGAGGCUAAACUACUUAAGGCAGCUCGUCUGAUCUUGUGGGAUGAAGCAUCCAUGGCGAACCGCAUGAUUGUUGAAAGCCUUGACACAACAUUGAGAGACAUCAUUGGUGUUGAUUCCCUCUUUGGAGGAAAGGUUAUGGUCUUUGGCGGUGAUUUUAGACAAACUUUACCAGUCAUUCGGUCUGGCACCAGGCAGGACUUUAUCGAUGCGUGUUUGCUAAAAUCAUUUACAAUAUGGCCUCAUGUCCAUCGUCUACGUUUGUUGAUAAACAUGCGUGCACAUGAAGCCCCAAACUUUUGUGAAUACCUAAUGCGCAUUGGUAAUGGAACUGAGCCUAACGUCGCACCAGGCAGGAUACAACUUCCUAUUAACUUUAUAGUUCCAUGGAUCAAUGAGGCUGCUUUCCUGGACUUACUUUUUUCUGCAGUAUAUCCAGACUUACAUUUGUUCCAAACUGAUAUGUAUGCCUUGAUGGUGCGUGCUUUGCUCACGACCAAGAAUGAUAUCGUUGACUUCAUAAACUCAUCCGUAAUGGUGAAAUUUCGAGGAGAAGAACACACAUAUCUUAGCUAUGACAUCACAACUGAUCCUAAAUGCAUGCAUUGUGAAGACUACCUUCACACCUUGUCCCCUGCUGACUUGCCACCUCAUAAACUAAGUUUGAAACACAACUGCCAUGUCAUGUUAUUACGCAACUUGAACCCGUGUGAAGGCCUCUGCAACGGAACAAGGUUAAUAUGUGACUCAUUUGGAGAACAUGUGUUGAGCUGUUUCAUUGCCUCAGGUGAUCACAAGGGAAAGCAUGUAUUCAUCCCAAAAAUUCCUUUGGAAAUAUCAAGAGAUGAACAUUGUACUAUACUAUUCAAAUGAACACAAUUCCCAAUACAUGUAUGCUUUGCCAUGACAAUUAAUAAAUCCCAAGGACAGACACUGGACUUCAUUGGCAUAUAUUUGAAAGAACCGGUCUUUGCACAUGGUCAAUUGUAUGUAGCAAUGUCACGCGCUAGAAACGCAGAAUCCAUUAAAAUUGUUAUUUGUCCAGAUGAGCACAAACCAAAGAUCAUGAAUAGUACAGCCAAUGUUGUUUAUGAUGAAAUAUUGCCUUUCAUUAACUAAAGGUUCUGACAGUAUGGCAGGUGAAACCUUAAUUACAGACGUUAAGCCAGACACCCAAAUGUGGACUUGACGCCUGACUCUGAUUGAAAAGCAGAAUGUUCACACCGUCAAAGCUUCUCCAAUCAAAUUUAUGUCAAUGAGUCUCACGGACUCGGGGACGCACGUAUAAGCAACUGCCUUCCAGGGCGACAUUGCGGGGAUUAAUCAGCGGCUAACAUUAUACUCCACAUAUCUUAUCUCUAACGCUUAUGUGAAGCCAUUGACAGAUCUACGCUACUGUGUUGAUGACACCUAUAAGUACGUCUGGUUUUUCAACAGGAGGACUAUGAUCCACGUUGAACCCUUUGAAGGAAUUGAUUGCCGCCAGCUUGCAGAGGCAGACACUAAACCAUUCUGGGAAUUCUUCACUUCCUACCUGCAUGAUGAAAAAAUCAACAUUCUGGCUGUGAUAAUCUCAAAACUGCCCCGUGCCUUCAUAGUCAUGAGCGAUGGACAUAAAGUUGCCUGGGACGUUGUCGUUGUUGAUGAAGAUUGUACGCCUAUACCACUCACUUUGUGGGAGGAAUUUGUGACCCGGCACGGUGGGGAGAUUGAGAAACGACUCAAUGAAGGAGAUUUCCCCCUUAUUCUCAUUAACAGGGUUGCUAUCAACCUCUUUCAAGGGUUGCUGCUAACACAGCAAAGAUAGAUACACUGUUGGCCGAGAAAAAGUAUGAAAAUGCUCUUGACAGCAUUGCCCGGCCUCUUUCACAAUUGCGUACACCGGUUUCACCAGUAAAGAGUGCACUGAAUAAGGCCCGGUUAACUCAUUCACCAUGAAACUUCCUAUCGUCUGGGUGUGUGGGAAAAUCAGCUUGGCUGGCACUUCGGCAGAUAAUUUCUAUAUUGGGUGCGACUAUUGUAACCGCAAAGUGUACGGUGCUGAUGGCAUAUCCUUUGAAUGUUUGUUCUGUGGUCAAAAACAGGGGACUACUGUUAAGCGGUUCAUCUACAAUGCGUCAUUAUAUGAUUCAAGUGCCUGCAUUGUUGUGACUGUUUUCACCAGUGAUAUCUUGCGUCUGUUCAAAUUUGUUGGCAUGGACCUCGACCUCGCCAUGGACUUAGAGAUCUUGAAUACAAAACUCCACUCCGUGAUAAUCAUUGCUGGAGUGAAACGCUCAAAAGGCACCGACGAUGGGCUGCACAAAAAUCCUUACAGCAUUGUUCUUGUCUCUGAAGAAAACCCAUCUGCCCAAUCUGUCGCGGCUGCAGAUGGUAACCCGUCAGAUCCUGAAGCAUACACUGUUGUUGUCCCCAAACGGAAACUCACUUUUAAAUCGUUGAAUAACAUACCCCCCCUAACAGGCUAACACCGACUACUUCUGGUAAAGACCUUUCGACCAGUGAAGAUGCUGAAGGAGAACCACUUGCAAGUAUUCGCCAGAGGAAACGCAAAGCUCCUGCCAUCUAACAACCAUAAACAACGCUUUUGAUGCCACCUGAGACUUCGUGGAAAUGUCUUUAGAUGCCUACGCAUCAUGUACAUUUAUUUUGCUCAAACUGUAUGUCCCUAAUCGACCGUCUUUGUUAUUUUGCAGUGGCCCCUCCUAGUCCUACGCUAUAUAGCAGGCUUUUUGCCGUGUGGUUUUUGUCUUUUAAUCCAUCUAAGGUUACGCAUGUUUGUUCUGUACAUGUGAACUCGCAAGUAUGUAAACCUUUUGAUCUGCCUGCUACCAUAUUAUGUAUAAGCAACCAUGCACAUUUGUGCAUGUUAUCAAGCUGGCACAAACAUACAAAAACAUAUGCUAAUUACCACUAUAAAUACUCUCCAAAAUUGUAUUAGAUUUGCACAUCUGUUGUCCAGAUUGUUUCAAGUUCAGCUUCCUGGUAGAAUGUCAAGGAACCUAAGCUUCAAAUGAAAAAGCCAUAGUUGAUAUGUGUUGCAACCGGUACAUCAUAUGGUGUGUUGAAAACCCAGUCCUUACUGUAAGGAAAUAAAUUCACACUCCUUUUGCAAAUACAAUAAAGGGCCUUCUUAGUUCGCUUCUUAUUGGCCAAAUAGACGGUGCCACCCAACGGAGUUUAGUCGCCCACACGAACUGCCAACACUUCGCUGACCUUCCCGAACCCUACACUUUCUCUCUUUGCAUGCUUGCCGUAGCCAUUAAGAACCAACGCAUGACACCCGCUUUUGUCUUCUGAAGGCUGUAUUCAUUUGGUCACCUGCCUGUUCAACCUUUUCCAGCGUUAUGGACCUGUUCAACGCUUGUACUAUUCAAACUGCCACAGCCAAUGCAGGUGGUACCACCAUGAGCUACUUUCUGCACAUUGUGCACGGAAGGAAGAUUGCUCUUGUUGUUCUAAAUCAAGCCUCCACCAGCACUACCACCUAUCAGGCAACCAUAGAGUGGCAGGAGUUCUUGACUGCGUCGGGGUUCGACAGAAUACUGCCCACACGGUUCAGAAACAAGGCUGAACUCGAUCACAAGCUUAACCACUUUUUGAGACGUGGUCUUAUCUUACCCCCGCCUGGAGAAUGUUCACUGACUGCCACAAUCCAUUACCCCGAUGUCUUGCAAUUCUCCCUCGUAUGGUGUGUACUCAACAUCCAGGAUUUUGACGACGCGCACAUCCCUCCUUGCAUGCACCGCCAUUUAUUCGAGCACACCAAACCACAGCUUGUGCUCAGGCACAUUGGCAAUUUCACAUUUCAAAGUUUCAGUACUUGACAAGCUAUGAUUUUCCCUGAACACAGCUGGAACACCAUCUGGUUCUUCACUUCGGUCAAACAAUACAGGUGAAUUCCUUGUCUAUGUAGAAUCCUCUUUCUCAAACUGCACAUACCCACGACUGUAUUGCCCUCCCUCCUUUCUAUAUGUGCCCAAGCAAACUACAAAGCGACACAAGGGCCCGAAUACUAAUUUACCAUGCCGCAGAAGACGUUUACUUUUUGACUUGGGAAGAACCUAUUUUGCGCCAAAUCCAGAUGACCUUUGAACUGCAGAAGCAUUCCACAGUCUUCUUCAUUAAGUACAGACAUGGUAGAGCGCUACUGCUUGCCAUUUCAUCUUGUGGUAUACAGGACGUGCCAAAACGCAAUAACACCUACGAAAUCAUCAGCGCUGCAUGUUAGCAAGCAAUGUGAUUACAAUUGGAGUUUGUACUCCA